CGGUAUAGAUCCACAGUGCAUUAUUUUAUAUUUAACGCGUUGUUUUUGUUAUUACUAUUAUUAUUUUUAUGUCAUCUCAGCACAUACAGUAGUGAACAUAUCAAUUAUGCAGUAUAUAAUCGUGAAUCUUUGCUCCACGUUGAGUGAAAAUAUAAAGUAUCCUCAGUAUCGCUUGCGGGAAUUUUGAAACUAGUAUGUUGGUUCAAUACGGACACUAGGCAAAAUGAUUGUACCAAAGCCUUAUUUGAAUAGCCAUAGGCGCUUUUGGCAUUGGUUAAAUAUUGUGUGGAAUAGAGUCGAUAAUGAACGAAUUGCAAAAGUUGGCCCUGAUAGGGCAUGUGCAGAAUGGUUAAUGCGUAAUGGAGCCUUUGUUAAAUGGACUGAUGACUGUGAAUUCCUGAAAGAUUAUAAUGCAUUACCUGCAGAAGAACAUGUAAGGUAUAUUCAGAAGAUUGAUGCUACAGACUCUUCAAUUAUGCACUAUGGGUUUGGAUACUUCAAUGGCUGUAAGCAUGUAACACAUGUAAAGUUCCAUCGUUGCUUGUAUUUAGAGAAUGAAGCUCUGGAAAAUCUGUCAUAUCUUAAGGAUUCACUGCAAGUUCUACAAAUAAUCAGUUGUGGAAACAUAACUGAUAAAGGCAUAAAAUCUCUUCAAAUAUUAAGUAAACUCUUAUCAUUACACAUAUAUGGUUUGCCAUAUCUGAAGAAUAAAGAAGAAUGUUUGGCUGUAUUGGCAUCAAAUUUACCAGAGUGUAAUAUUGAAAUUCUUGACAGAAAACCAGAUCAUCAGUGUGAACAAGCAGAAUAGACACCAAUGAUACUGCAGUGUGAUCUACAUGGUUGUAUAGCAUUAAAACCAUUUUGAAAUAAAUGUUUGUUCAUGAAACAUAUUUUCUUAUCAUAGAAAACAAAGGUUUCUUGUAGUUCAAAUACAUACACACAGAGUGAAAGUUUGGAAAUUCUAGAAACCAUGGGAGUAGGCCUAGAGACAAACAUACUCCAGAGUUAUGAAGAGUGAAAUGGGAUUUUAUCAAUAUUUCUUUUUUAUUCUGUUGAAUUAUUUGACUCUGCAUGUAAAUCGAACAGUACCUAAAAGGACAGUGAACAGGACAUAAACAUAGACUUGUAGAUAUGAGGAAUUCUGAAUCUUAGUAGGCUAACAAACAGAUGAAGCAACAGAUACAUGCUCUGUACAAGUUUAGAAUUAGCAUUGGGUAUAUGUAUAAAGAUUCAGGUUUGGAGUAAACUAUUGGAAUUCCUUGAGAAAUCAGAUUUAAAAAUGGAAUUCCUAUAAUUGAACUGUAAUUGAAUGCAGAAUGAAUGUAUUUGUGACAUUUAUAUAAUAGUAUGACUUGUAUUUGUAUAACAUGUAUUGUAUUAUUAUGACUUAUUCUACAUCCUAUUGUCAUCUGACUAACUUAUGGAUCCAUGGAAUGUAAUAAAGAUGUAUGUCUGUAGAGGAAGGGGUUUAAAUAAUCAAUUCGAUCCAUACAAGUGUUAUUUAAAUAGGUGUAUAGAUGCUUUGGUUUUGAUGAUAAAUCUUUUAUUUUCACUUA